AUGAGAUUAAAAAUAAAUAUAAAACACGCAUUAGCGGAUUUAGAGGAGAAACUGAAAAGAAGAGGAAAAGGAGGAGUAGUUUUGGGAGCAGGAAGGGUGUACUCAUUGGCUUAUGCUGAUGACGUGGUGCUUAUGGCGGAUGACGAGGCGGCUAUAAGGCUAUUGAUGGAUGAGUUUGGAAAGUAUGCAAGAGAGAAAGAUUUGUGUGUGAAUGUGGAAAAAACGAAAGUAGUUAGAUUUAGAAAGAGGAGAGGGGGGAAAAAGUAUGAUUGGAAAAUGAAUAAAAGGGAAGUAGAAGAGGUAGAUGAGUUUUGUUAUUUGGGUUUUUGGUUUGAAUGGAAUGGAACGCAUGAAUUGAAUGUUAAAAGAAGGGUGGAAAAAGCGAGUAGAGUGAUGGGGCAAGUAUGGGGAAUAGGAGAAAGAAGGUUUAAGGAUGAUUGGAAAAGGAGAGUGUGGUUGUUCGAUGUACUGAUUUGGUCAAUAGUGAGUUAUGGAGCGGAAGUGUGGGGAUGGAAGGAAGAAAAGAAAGUGGAAAGCAUGCAUGAAAGAUUGUUGAGAUGGGUGAUGGGGGUGAGUAUGUAUUGUCCGGGGUAUAUGUUGAGAGAGGAGUUAGAGAGAGAGAAAAUGGUUGUGAGACAGAGAAAGAGAGCAUGGAGGUUUGAAGAGAAGUUGAGACAGGGAGGAGGAAGUGAUUGGGCAAGAAUGUGUUUAGAGAAAAUAGAGGAAAGGGAGGCAAGGGGUGCAAGGGAAAUGACGAGAUGGGAGAAAAUGAGAAGAAAAGUGAGAAAGGAUAAGGGUCAAAAUGGAAUAGGGGUAGAGGGUGUAAUGGAAUUAAGGUUGAAAAAAGGGAUAAGGAUGAGAGGUGGGAGAAAAUCGGGAAGUCAAGGUACAACAGGUGGUACCGGAUGGUAA